AUGUCACGCUCCCUUACGAUUCAAAAGAUUGACGGCAAACCAGGACAGGUCUACUACCCGCUGCAGUUGCAUGAUACGCCCAAACCUGUCCCCGGCCCCGGGGAGCUGCUAGUGAAGAUCCACGCGGCGGCGUUAAACCACCGGGACUUGUUCGUCCGACAGCACCUAUACCCCGGAAUCUCGUUCACCAGCCCUCUUCUCAGCGAUGGCUGCGGCACGGUCGUUCAGACAGGUCCAGGAUGCAGCGCGCAGCUGCUCCACCAGCGGGUCAUCGUGUGUCCCGUCCGGGGUUGGGACGCUGACGUCGACGCACCCGAAGACCCCGAUCGAUACGCCGCGAUCGGGGCGUCAAACCGGUACCCCGACGGCACGGCCCAGGACUAUCUCCUGGUGCGCGAGUCGGAUGUGGUGCAAUGUCCCGAGCACCUCUCGACGCUCGAAGCGGCUGCUCUUCCCCUCGUGGGCCUGACCGGCUGGCGCGCACUGGUCACCAAGAGUCGCAACGCGCACCCGGGGCGCAACAUCCUCGUGACAGGGAUCGGAGGCGGUGUUGCCCUGCAGAUAUUGCAGCUCGGCGUCGCGAGAGGCUGCCGCAUCUACGUCACAUCGAGCGACCCCGAGAAGAUCGAGCGGGCUGUGCGCAUGGGCGCCCAGGGCGGCGUCAACUACCGCACGGAAGCCUGGGAGAAGCAGCUGCAGGCGCUGCUCCCGGCGGACCGACCUUAUCUUGACGCGGUGAUUGACGGCGCCGGGGGCGAUAUCGUGGCGCGGACGACGCGGCUUCUUAAAGCUGGUGGUGUCAUCUGCGUUUAUGGGAUGACUGUCGCGCCUCGCAUGGAGUGGGCUAUGCCGGCGGUACUGAAACAUAUUGAUAUGCUGGCGUGCACGACGGGAUCGCGCGCAGAAUUCCACGCCUUGGUGGAGUUUGUGCAGGAGCAUCAGAUCCGGCCGGUUGUUAGUCGGGUUGUUCGGGGACUGGAUGAUUUGGAGGGGAUUGAUGGCUUGUUUGAAGAUAUGAAGGUGGGACGUCAGUUUGGAAAGCUUGUCAUUGAUGUGGAUUCGACGGGGUCUUGAGACGGGGAUGCCAUUUGACUGUCGA